CAGGCUCUAUUGGAAACUUGACAGGGACGCAAUUGGACUUACAAAUUCGGUCCUUCUACUAGCUCACAGCUCCCUUACACUUCUCGGCAGGCUGCACCUUGCGACAAAAGAUAAAAAUCUCUCAUGGGCCUCGACGGAGGCACUAUCGCCACGCGGAGCGAUGUGCUGCGCAGGCAGUCCUCGCGGGUAGCACAGAACGACACCUCCCGCUCUUCGCGCGGCGGCAACGCGGCCGGCAAGGUCUCGGACCCAGGCGCGGUGGAAGCGAGUGUUGCCAGGCAAACGGCCUGGAGCAACUGCGCGCUGAGCUCGCAGCCACUGCAGCCGCCGCUGGUGGCUGACGGGUUGGGCCGCCUGUACAACAAAGAAGCGGUCCUUCAGUUCAUAUUGUGCGCCAGGGACAAGGUGUCUGAGCCCGAGGCACUGCUGCAGUACGCCAACCAGCUGCGAGUGGCGGCGGGGGGGCUGGACCACAUCACCUCACUGCGGGACGUGUUCGACGUCACGCUCACAGCAGCCGAGCGCGACCGCGCAACACAGGCCGGCGGCGCCAGCAGCAGCAGUGGCGGCGGUGGCAGGGCACGAGGGGCUGGUUCGGAGGCGGUGGGCGCGGGAGGCGGGGGCGGGGGAGGCUCGGGCUGGUUGUGUCCGGUGACGCUGGUGCCGUGCGAGCGGUACCCGUGCUCGGCGCUGCGACCGUGUGGGCACGUGCUGUCGGACAAGGCGAUCAAGAACCUGCGGGGGCCAGUCGGCGGCAGUGGCGGUGGCGGUGGAGGUGGGGGCAGUGGUGCAGGAGCAGGCGGAGGAGGAAGAGGAGGAGGAGCAGGAGGAGGAGGAGCAGAGGUUGGCGGGGGCAAGGCAGCGGCAGCAGACAUGACGUGCCCGGUGUGUGGGCAGGUGUACACGAGCACUGUGCCUAUCAACGGCACGUCGGAGCAGGUGGUGGUGCUGCGGGCGGCGCUGAAGGCGGCGGCGGCGGCCAAGGCGGCCAAGCGGGAACUUGCGGCUACAGGAGCUGCAGGAGAGGAGGCGGGGAGAGGAGGCUCGAAGAAGCGCCGGAAAGGCGAGAGCGGAGAGGCUGCUUGAGUGGCGGUUUUGGGCAAUGCAUGCAGGACUUGGCGUUGUUGGCUGAAUGCCGCAGAGUCCUCGCAACUAAAGCUCGGAAGCCUGCCGGAAGCCUCAGGAGCCUAACGGGUCCUGUCUUGCCAACGCCCCUGGUCCCUGCUACGGCCAGGUGCCAACCUCCCCAGAUCUAUGUACUAUGUCCUAGGCGCAAACUCGACACAUUGCUUCGGCGUGUGGGGACGCCGCGUUGGCGAGAGCCACGGAUGGCCCUAGUACACCAUGGGGGCAUGUCGCAGGGCCUGUAUUCUCUGGAAGCUGUAGAGCUUAGGACAUUGGAGACAUGCUGUAUUGUAAAGGUGGUGAGGG